GUCCGCUCCGAGAGGGAGGCCCCGCCCCUCACCGCCCUCAGGCGGCCAUGGCCGUGCCGGAGCCGCUGCCGGGGGCCCCGGCCGAGCCCAACCCCUUCUCCUUCCGCGAGUUCGUCCGCUCCAAGUCCCGCGGCGGGGACGCACAGGCGGCUCGGGCCGGGCCCGCCGUGCCCCCGCUGCCCGCGGUGCCCGCAGAGUCGGGGGACGAGCAGGAGGAGGAGGAGGAAUGGAGCGAGAGCUACCGGCCGCUGGCCGUGGAGCAGGCCCACCUGGGCAGCGCCGGAGCCGCCGCGGGGCCGGCCCCGGUCCCGAGCUACGAGCAGCUAAAAGAAGAGAAUGCUAUUUUGAGAAGCAAGAUCAAUAAGCUUCAGAUUCUGGCUGAAACUCAAGCAGACAAGAUGAGGAAGCUUGAGAAGAAGCUUGAGGAAAACAAAAUCAAAGAAGAAAAGGAAGCACAGGAUUUGGAAGCAAUGGUGCAGCACGUGGAGCAGAAUCUGCAGCUGAUGACUAAAAGGGCUGCCAAGGCUGAGAACAGUGCUGCCAGACUGAGGCAGGAGAAUGCCCAGCUGCAGGCUGAGCUGCGGAAUUCCCGGCGGGAGCGGGAGGAGCUGCGGGCGGGCCAGGCGGGAUUGGCCGCGGCCAGGCGGAACGCGGCGGCGGCGCUGCAGCGGCUGCUGCAGGUGACAGCCAGCUCCCGAGCGUCCAUCAGGCAGCUGCUGUCUGGGGCAGAAUCCCUGCAGCUCGUGGCCGAUCUCCUGAAAUCCAUAGACAGAAUCUCUGAGGUGGCAGAGCACGGACAGUGAGUGCCUCACGCAGCACGGACGACUUUGUUUUCAUACGGAAACCGUUACUAAAAAGUGAAUUUUU